CAACGCACGGACAUAUUUGCUAGUAUAUCUCUAACAGACAUUAACGCGACCUCACCCACCCCGACCUCCGUGUCGCCUGAGCCGGGCGACUCGGGGGACACCUAGCUGCUGGCAACCCGGCACCCACCCUCCGCCCGCACCCGCGUUGCCGCCGCCGGAGGGCCGGCCGGCCCUAGGAUGGCGGCGACGGGGCCGUCCUUCGUUCUCCCGCCCUCCGCCCCCUCCUGCGCCAGAUCUGGGCCGACAGCGGUGGCGGCCUCCACCGACGGUGGCUUCCCCUGGCUUCCCCUGCUUGCUGGUGGUGCGGGUGGUCUGCCCCGGCCGCAGUCCCCCACGGUGGCUCCCUGUCCGUCCCAACGCGAUUUGGGCGUCUUCUCCGGCUACCUGCGGUGCCUCGGUCGGCCGACCGCCGCUGGGCCCUGCUAGCUGCGGCUACAUCCGCCCCCCCAUCCUCCACCCCCUCUGCUCGAGCUUCAGGUCUGCCUCUUCGGGAGGCAACCAUGGAGGCUGCUGGUUGAGGUUGUGCCCAACGGUGACUGCCUUUUGUAGCUCGCAGGUUGGGUAUUUGGCUGCGCGUGAGACCACUCCGACACCGCAGGGGCGGCUUCGGCCCGGCGGCCAUGGACCCGCGUCCCCUUCCCGCGUCCAUGGCCGGCCGAAGCGACUUUGGAACCGGCAAACCACGGGAGAUGUGCUCUUUUCGGCCCCUUGGCUCACUGGCUCCUCGGCAUAUCCGCACCUCCCCCACCCUGCAGUUCCUUGGUUGGCCAUCCAUCCAGGUGCAUCUUCAUCUCAGUCAUGCUCCGGGAGCUGCGCCCCCUUCCAGCUCCCUAGACUCGUCGGCGCCCCUGCUGCUCCGGUCCCGGCGGCCUGAUCUUUGCUUCUUCCAGAUCUUGACUUGCCCGGGGCUACGGUGAUCAUCUCAUCCCCGCCGCCUCACAUUCCACGCAGUCACGCAUCCCCGCCCUCCCCCGGAGUUCUUGCGCACGACGCCUCCUUUGGCGUCGCGUGUGGCUCCCCUCCCCACAGUCGCAGCUCCGGCCAAUGCCCGACGACCUCCUCUUCGACUCGUGUUCCAACGGCUUGGGUUCGUUUGGAAUUGCCCAGGGCGAAACCUUGCAUUUUAUGCUGGCAGCGGCGACACCCGCGGGUGCCAUUUCCUGCCUGGAGGCGUUGCCAUGGCCGUUCUGCGACCCUCUUCGAGCAUCUCUGGAUCUCCGAAUCUGACAACGACGGCGUCUCGGUGUCGUUCUCCUUUAUGAAGGCGUUGUCUUGGUUGUUCGUGGCGUCCUUGGUACCAGCUACGGAGUUUUGGUCGGCUCGUUGUUGUUUGGUUUGCUUCUCUGGUUGGAGAGUUUAGUUGUGUUCUUCUUUGUUUGUGUCAAGUAUCUUAUAUCUCUCCUCUUUGCUCCGGGCACCAUGUCCACGCCCUUGCGUCCGUGUCAUGUGUUGUAACAUCUCCUGUACUCAUUCUAACUUCUAUUUUUUUUGCAUGGUAUUCUAACUUCUUCUAUCAAUGCAAUGAUACACAAGCUUUGCGUAUUCGUGAAAAAAAAUACACAAUUCAAUACUACAUUUUACCUUGACAAAUAUUCUCUACCACCUUAUAAACAUCCAUCCGUCGAAACCUCCUUGCACAGUUCCGGCAGUCGUUUCGCCGCACCGUUCGGUGUCUGUUUGAUUUGAAGAAAUUUCCAUGCUCAACUCCGACGGGUCUUCAAUAAUUUUAUGUUCGCUGGUUUGCAAGGUCAACGUUUUCAUCUUGGUUGCUCAGUUCCUCGAAUUUUCGUCUUGCCUUCGCCUCUACACUUCCUAUUACAAAUACAAAUUUACACGACAGAAAAGUCUUGUGUGGACCGAAAGCUAAGGUAACCGUAUUCAAACCGCGCUGAUCAAAUCCACAUCUCCCAGACCUCUCGCCCAAUGGGCAAUAUUUGCGUGUGAUUUGCAAUUGUUCUCGUCACCCCACAUGUCAGCCUCGCAAUCCUAUUGUACGUGACAUUGACACCACUCGUUGACCCGAGCAGUGUCUUGCCCAAGCUAAUUAAGCUGUGAGAGAACACACAUGGCAGUCGAGUGCUGCUAAACCUGACAUUGCCUUCUUCUCUUUCUUCCGCUCCGUCUCUUUUUUAGUAGGGGAGUCCUAGUAAGCUUGUCGAUCAGUGCCAUGUCAGGGAGCACCAUGGCUGGCGCGCCGGCCAUGCCGGAAGGCGCCGGGGAUCCAUACGAGCGGGAGCUGAACUACAGCUUCACUGGGCGCGUCGCGCUCACCGUCGUCUUCGUCCUCUUUGGGCUCACCGUCGUCAUCGUCGUCAUGCGCGUCUUGCUCUACGUGUUGGUGUGUCGGUCUGGCCGAGGCGGAGGCCGCGGCAGCGGCGGCCUCGCCGCUGGCAUCCUCCGGUCCAUCAACUCGUUCGGAAGGAUCGGCAGCCGACGGCACGGGCUGGACGCGUCCGCGCUCUCCGCGCUGCCGGUCACCGUGUAUCGGAAGGAGGUCGGCUCCACCAGCGCCGCUGGCGCUGACUGCGCCGUGUGCCUGUCGGAGCUCGCGGACGGGGACACGGUGAGGCAGCUGCCGAACUGCGGGCACGUAUUCCACGUGGAGUGCGUCGACGUGUGGCUGCGCACCAGGACGACGUGCCCUCUCUGCCGGGCAGAGGCGGAGCUGUCCCAGGGCCAGCGGAGCGGCAAGGCGGAGGCGGCUGCGCAGUCGUCGUCGGGCACGGAGCCGCCGCAACCGACGUUGCUUGGUGCAGGAGGAACCUCGAUAGUGACCGUACAAGGUGGCUUCACGGAUACCCAGAGAGACGUGCGGGGAAUCGGCGGCAGGUGCAAAGGUGACCAUCUGGACCGUGCCAGCUCAACGGAGCUCAACACGAGCUAAAUGGGUUGUGUUUGGCCUGAAGGCCGGGCACGCUGGUCGGCACAGCCACUCAUCUUUUAAUAAUACUAUCUUGGUUCUCAUUCCAAAGGUAAAAAAAACCACGCUACUGUUUCAAUUCCAUCCGAUCAGUCUAUGUAAUGUUUUGUAUAAGAUUGCUUCGAAGGUGAUCGCUAACAGAUUAAAGAUAGUACUACCUGAUAUUAUCUCAGAGGAGCAGUCAGCCUUUGUGCUAGGCAGGCUGAUUACAGACAACAUCAUCACAGCUUAUGAGUAUUUGCACUUUAUGAAGAGGAAUAAGGCCAAGAAACAUCAA